UGCGUGUGGUUGCCUUCUAUAGCGACCGGUUGCUGAUGUUGUCAGCACGCGGCGCGGUCCUGAUCACAGACGCUGACCUCAACAGCACGGCGACGCUGACCUUGCAGCACGUCAGCGUGCAGCACCUCGCCUUGCAGCAGCACGAUCCAUUACUGUCAGUGCUACCAGCGUCUGUCAACGCAUCGUCUGUGACGUGUGAGGGCAACUGGCAAGACUUUGUGGUGACGUGGCAGCCUGUCAACAACGUAGAUGUCAACGUCACCUACGACGUCGUCGCUCACGUCACAAUUAACGGGGUGAGGGAGCGGCUAGUCACGUCGUCCCCCCAGGCGCGGGUGUCGCUGCCCUGGCGUCCCGCUCAGCCCCACCUCCCCUUCACCCUCACCGUCACCAGCGUCACCGCGUGGGGGGUAAGCGCCCCCACGGAGGUGUCGCUGCACUCCCCCCCAUCUGUGCCCGAGCCCCCCCGCUCCCUCCGCUACUACGUCAGCCCCCAGGAGGGGGAGUUGGAGUUGCGUUGGCUGCCGCCCCUGCAGAGUAACGGCGUUAUACAGCUGUACCAUGUGCAUCUGUGUGAUGCACCUGCAGCUGGUGCUGACACGCAACUCUGUGUUGCAGCUGACAACUGCACGCAGCUUACCCUACCAGGCACGCAGCUGCAGCUGCAUCUGCACCUGCCGCAGCCCAGCUUCUAUUUCUCAGUGACCGCCGCGACGUCAGUCGGCUGCGGUCGUCCGAGCGAAGAGGUGGUGGUGAACACGUCGCUCGUCCAGCCCGCUCCAUGCCUCCUCAUCGCUUCAUCAACGCAGGUGGUGCUGGUGGAUGCGGACUUGCAGACGCAGCGCCAGCUGGGGGGCUGGGGGUGGCAGGUGGCAGGGGGCGGUGUAGGGGCGAUGCUGGGCAACCACACCGCCUUCCUGCAGGACACAACCAACCGCCUGCACGCUGUCGACCUGCUCACCAACCGCACCUGGGUGGUGGCGUCGUUGGCUGAGCCAGCGCUGGCUGUGGCUGUGGACCACGUGGCUGAGAAGCUUGUGUGGCUGCAGCCAUGGCGCCACCCCCUCCCACAACCCCUCAGCCACAACACCUCAGGGGCGCCUCCCAGAACAACCACAACGCCUCCCUCAAACAUGGUCGCGCUUUGGUCGGCCGACCUUACCUUCGGCGUCCGGGAGCGGCUGGUGAGCUUUAGCUCCUCCGGCACCAUCACACACAUCACCAUCGCCCUCAGAAUCCUACCAGCCUCGGAAUCCUACCAGCCUCGUAAUCCUACCAGCCUCGGAAUCCUACCAGCCUCAGAAUCCUACCAGCAUCAGAAUCCUACCAGCCUCAGAAUCCUACCAGUAUCAGAAUCCUACAGACCUCAGCUCAGGAUUCUGUUGUUCUCGGGGUUCUCAGGGGGCGCAGAAAGACAAUUCCCGUUGGAUAGCUCCGCCUGCCCGACCCCGACGGACCUGGCGGGAGGCCUGACGUACGACGCCCGCCGCUCUGAGGUCCUCGUCGCCACCAACGCCGCCGGGAUCGUCGCCGUGGACCCGUCGGGCCGCCACUGCGCCGCGGCGGCGUCCACCGCCCUGGCGGACG